AUGGACACAUUCGAUGACCCUGACGGGCUCGUCGACUUAAACAGAUUAGACCAUCUGGGAAACGCCCAAUUAUCUGGACCGACGCAUAAAACUCGGUCCCGACGACCCAGAAGGCCUGAUAACCCUUACGGGUCACCCGACUUUGACGGAACAGACCAUCCAGACAGGCCCAAAGAUGUAGACGUGCAUGACUACCGGGACGGGCACGACCACCCGAACGACCUCGACGACUUGGAUAGACCCUGUGACUCGGACGAGCCAGCUGACUCGGAUGCGCCCAAUGACACGGACGGGCAUGACGACCCGGACGGGCACGAUGACCCAAACGGGCUAGGCGACUCGGACAGACAUGACGACUCGGAUGAGCCCGAUGACCUCGAUGUGCCCGACGACACGGACGGGCAAGACUAA